AUGGUCAAUAGAUCGCUUGAUGUUAACAAGGAUCCAUUUCGACUUAUUGAAGAUUCUGAUGAAAUGUUAGGUCCAGAAGUACCUUACAUGAGCGCCAUCGGGGCACUUAUGUAUCUUGCAAAUUGCACUAGACCAGAUAUAGCUUUUGCUACUAAUCUGCUUGCAAGAUACAGCUCAUCGCCUACCAGAAGACAUUGGAACGGAAUAAAACAUAUAUUCCGUUAUCUUCAAGGCUCGAUCGCAAACCGGUUAUGUUUUCACAUACGGUGGAACCGCGAUCUCUGGCGUUCCCAAAAACAAACAUUGGUUGCAACGUCUUCAAAUUAUGCGGAAAUCAGAGAGUGUGUAUGGUUGAGAUCUUUGAUCCAACAUAUACAAGAAGCCAGCGGAGUAUCUACAAAGAAAGAGCCAACAAUCAUAUACGAAGACAAUUCUGCAUGUGUCACUCAGCUCAAAGAAGGCUACAUCAAGAGCGACAGGACAAAGCACAUCCCUCCAAGAUUUUUCUCCUACACUCAAGAACUCGAGAAAAAUCAAGAAGUGGAUAUUCAGUAUGUUCGUCAAGUGACAAUGCAGCUGAUCUCUUCACAAAGGCGCUUCCUACAACAGUGUUCAAGAAGCACGUUCAAAGUAUUGGAAUGCAUCGUCUGCAAGAUUUGUGAAGAGAAGACCAUAUCUAUUUCAGGGGAGUUUGCUUCACGAAAUCCGUCGAAACAUUUUUCCACGGAUUUCCGACGGCAUAGUUUGGACGGGUUCUCGACCGAUGUCUCAACCAAGACUGUUGUCAUCUUGUCGAUAAACCUAUUACAAGGGUUCGACGGGAAUGUGUUGCGACAGAUUUCAAGGGAAAUAUUCGACGAGUUCUUGACGACUCUCUCGACCAAGACAGGUGUCGAUAACCUAUUGGGAACCGCUGGUAAAUUAUUUCGACACUAG